AUGGAGUACGAGCAGGCGCUUCCGAACCCGAUGGCGCCCCUGGCGCUGCAGGUGCUCGCGCCCAAUCCGCUGUCUGUGACGUAUGCGUCGUCGCUGCGGCCGCUGCCGUCGGAUCCUACGCGGCGGCUCACGGGCAUCGGCAUGGGCGGCGGCUCGAUUCACCACCGCGCGCGCCGCGCGCCCAAAGGCGCGGCGAGCGGCAAGCCGGGCGCAAAGACGGCGCCGGCGUCCGCGGACCUUGCGCGCUGGAGUGUGCGUGUGCGAGCGGCGUCGAGCGCGAGUCUCGUACGCAAGGCGAACAAGUGCCUGCUGACACGCGACUGGAAAGUGGCGUUUACCGAGCAAAAGUUUAUCAAGGCCAUGGCCCGUAUCGAUGAACUGAAGCAGGCGGGCCUCUGGAGCUUCCGCCAGCCGAAGCGCAGCCGUGGGCCGAUGGAGCGCAAGACACACUGGGACUUUAUGCUCGAGGAGAUGCGCUGGCUCCAGACAGAUUUUCGCGAAGAGCGCAAGUGGAAGCUGGCGAUGGCCUAUGAGCUCGUGCACCAGGUGGCCCAGUGGCACCGCGCUACGCCGGAAGAGCGCGCAGCCUUGUGUGUGCAGCGCGGCCGACGCCGCGCGUGGGCGAUGGAGCUGGACGAGCCGGCGGCGGAUCGGCCGCCCAUGGAGAUGGACGAGUCGGGCGCCGACGUGGUGGCCGAGGCAGAAGCCUCGGAAGCGCCGGCCGAGGCACCUGCGGAUGGUGAGGCCCAUGCCGAUGGAGAGUCUGUCGCCCAUGGCGAGUCGGACGCCGACGGCGAGGUCCAUGCGGAGGGCGAGGCACAUGCCGACGGCGAUGCCCGUGCCGAGGGCGACGCUGACGCCGAGAGCGAGCCUCGGUCGGGGCCAACGCUCACCCAUGCCGAGUCGGAAGCGCCUUCCGAGUCGGCGCCGCUGCGCAAAGACGCGGACCAGCAAGUGACGCUGGCCGACAGGCUGCCGCUCGCGCUCAUGACGGCCAUCCGUGCGCCCAUCUUUGGGCUUGAUAUGACCGCCACGAGCGUAUCGCCUUGGGCGCUCUUGCAGAAUCUGGACCCCCAGACGAGCCAGGCCUUGAUGCGGCUCGACGGCACGCUGGACGCCCAGGACCUCGACUUUGGGCGUCUGUUUCCCGAGCUGCCGCAGUAUGCGCCGCCCGCAGCGACACCAGAGGACGGCACGGCGCCCAAGCGGCGCGACGAGGUGGCGGGGGCGUCCAUGUCGCGUCUCGUGCACGUUUCGCGCCUGCUGGACGCCAAGCCCGCGCUUGUGAGCACGCUCGAUCCUGCGAACCACCGUGCCAACGGGCACUGGCACAGCGUGAGCGACUACACGCUCGGCGCCGCGGACGUGGCGGAGCGCGGCGCCGAGCCGGGGGGCGCGUCGCCGUGGGCCGUGCCGCCCGGCUCGCUGCUGUUUGCGCGCAAGGCGGGCAAGCCGGCGCGCGACCACGCGUCGCCCCUGGGCGCGCCGGCCGCGCCAGCGAACCCGGAAGCGCGCAUUGCGCAGCUGUCGUGGACCUCGGACGACGACGCCUUUCUGCAGGCGCUCGCGAAGCACUACCAGGAGCACUGGGCACUCAUUGCGGACAUUUUCAAUUCGGCGCGGUGGGUGCGCGCCGCCGAGCGGCGCACGGCGUGGGACUGCUAUGAGCGGUGCAAGUGGCUCGCGAACGAGCAGCGGGAGCAGCGGCCCGACGGCAAGGAUGCACGCAAACACCGCCAGCACCUCCUGGAGAUCAUGCGCAAGACGGCCAAGCGCCGCGAGCAGGCGCAGCGCCAGGCCGCGGCCGCGGCGACCGCGAAUGCCAACACGAAGCGCGCGGCCCUGGGCGCCCACGAUACGCAUGGGCAGUCCAAGUCGCUGGCCACGCCGACGCCCCAGGCGCUGAGCCUGCUCAAGGCGGAGCGCGAUCAGGCGGCGCUGCGCCAGUUCUUUGAGCAGCAGCGGGCCUCACAGCUGGCGCUGGCGCAGCAGGCGCAGCAGCAGAUGCAGCAGCCGCAGGCGCCGCAGCGCCGACCGAUCGUGCAGACGCAGGCGCAGGCCGCCGACGAGCAGCGCAAGGCGCCGGUCCUCACAGCGACGCCGCCGCCGGCCAAGUCGCCGGCCGGCAGCACGCCCCAUGCCGCGCAGAUGGCCCUGCCGCGUCCGAGUCCGCCAGCGCAGGGGUCGCCGUCGCCCGUGCCGGCGCAGCCGUACUUGGCGGCGCUCGCCGCGAACCAGGGGCUGGGUGCGUCGAAGCCCACGUCCCAUGUGGCUAUGGCCGCUGCGGCCAGCGCCGGCAUGCCAGGCACACUGCCGUUUUCGCAGGCGCUGCGUAUGGGCCGCCCGCCGGGUGCGAUGGAUGCGCGGCCGCUGGGCUUCGGCGAGGCGAGUCCCAACCCGGGCUCGCCAUCGCUCGCAUUUUCGGCGCCGAUGGGCCUGCAGACGAUGCCGAGCGGUGCCGGCACGGCGGGUGUGCGUCCCGCGGGCGGCGCGCACCUGGGCAGCCCGCCGGCGCCCGCGGUGAAUGCGGCGCCGCCGAACCUGCAUGCGCUGCAGCAGCAGCUGGCGAUGACGCUCGCGGCCUCGCACCUGAGUCAGGAGCAGAUCAAUGGGCUUGCUGUGCAGCUGUACAAGCAGGCGCAGGCGCAGCAGCAGCAGCAGCGGCAGGCGCAGGCGCAGGCGCAGGCGCAGGCGGCCUCGGGCGCCGCUGCCAGUGCCCCUGCGGCGCAUGCGCCGAGUCCGCUGAGCGGGCAGGCGCCGCAGGGCGCGGGCGGCGACGGCGCGGGCGUCGCGCGCUUUGCGGCGCAGAACCUCCCGGGGGGUGCGUCAGGGUCGGGGCCGUAG